AUGGUUUUUGCUGUCAUCGGCUCUCACUUCUCUCAGGGUUUUGAAGUCUCCUCUGGUGCAGGGCUGUACCCAAGCACCGGGUACAACGCCCCAGGGACAGGCCUCUACCAUUCAGGAAGAGGCAAUGAUGACCUGAGCCUCCGACCUGGGCAGGCGGCAGGAUGGCUUAAGGCAUUAACUGAGACAGAGACGGUGGUGAUUGUGGGAUUACUUGGCUGGGUGGAUUUUCGAAGAGCCCCAUUGAUUACAGGCUUGCUUCCUUCUCAUUUCCUAGGUGUCAGCAAUAAGCAGCUUGGUGUAUGUGGCUGGAUUCUGAUUUCCCUUUCUUUUCUGUUGGUGAUCAUUACCUUCCCCAUCUCCAUAUGGAUGUGCCUGAAGAUCAUUAAGGAGUAUGAACGUGCUGUUGUAUUUCGACUGGGACGAAUCCAGGCUGACAAAGCCAAAGGGCCAGGUUUGAUUCUGGUCCUGCCCUGCAUAGACGUUUUUGUCAAAGUUGAUCUCCGAACUGUUACUUGUAACAUUCCUCCACAAGAGAUCCUCACCAGAGACUCCGUGACUACUCAGGUGGAUGGAGUCGUCUACUACAGGAUCUACAGUGCUGUCUCAGCCGUGGCUAAUGUAAACGACGUCCACCAAGCCACAUUUCUGCUGGCUCAGACCACUCUGAGAAAUGUCUUAGGGACACAGACUCUGUCCCAGAUCUUAGCCGGACGAGAAGAGAUCGCCCAUAGCAUCCAGACCUUACUCGAUGAUGCUACUGAGCUGUGGGGGAUCCGGGUGGCCCGAGUGGAAAUCAAGGAUGUCCGGAUUCCCAUGCAGUUGCAGAGGUCCAUGGCUGCUGAGGCCGAGGCCACCCGCGAAGCCAGAGCCAGGGUCCUUGCAGCAGAAGGAGAAAUGAAUGCUUCCAAAUCUCUGAAGUCAGCCUCCAUGGUGCUGGCUGAGUCCCCAAUAGCCCUCCAACUGCGCUACCUGCAGACCUUAACCACUGUAGCUACCGAGAAGAAUUCCACAAUUGUGUUUCCUCUGCCCAUGAAUAUGCUAGAGGGCAUUGGUGGUGUCAGCUGUGAUAACCACGGGAAGGUUCCUAACAGAGCCUGA